AUAUACACCAUUCGAAAAGGGUGGCAAAAGCCCUUCUUUUUUUUCUUUUUUUUCAAGUGGGAAGGAGACCCACUUGGAAAGUGAGAGGUUUAAAAUAUUCACACAUGCGAAACGCAUUUCUUAUGACACCCCAAAUUAAUAUAAAUUUCAUACCCUCAUUCUCUUGAUUAACUUCCCCUCCAUUCAAUAAAACAAUAAUUAAAAACUUACCCAAAACCAUAAUUGAAAACUUACCCAAAAACAAACAUUUCCUAGAGCAAGUGACAUGUCUUCCUUUCAAUCCAUCAUGACCUCGAACUUUGACGAGCAACGAUGGGUUAUUCAAAUCCGUCGAACCCUAGACCAAGAGCUCGAAGAGGAAGCUGAAAUCCCGGUAAGCAUCUUCAACGUGCCCAAAACCCUAAUGGCUAGUGAUCCGGAUUCAUAUAUCCCACAAGAAGUUGCACUAGGUCCAUACCAUUAUUGGCGUCCGGAGCUCUAUGAGAUGCAGGGAUAUAAGCUUGCUGCCGCGAAAAGAAUUCAGAACCAGCUCCAGAGCCUCAAGUUCCAAAAUCUCGUCAACCAGUUGAUAGGGCUGGAGCUGAGGAUUCGAGCUUCUUACCACAAGUACCUAGAUUUCAAUGGCGAAACCUUGGCUUGGAUGAUGGCAAUAGAUGCAUCCUUCAUGCUUGAGUUCCUUCAAAUCUAUGCCCUCAAAGAAGGUAAGACUCUAACCAGAAUUUCAUCUAGGAUGUCCCAUUUGGUUGAUAUUUCAGGCAGCAAGUCAGCCCAUAAUGCCAUUCUUCGCGACAUGGUAAUGCUCGAGAAUCAAAUCCCACUUUUCGUACUAAGGAAGAUGCUAGAAUUCCAAUUUUCGUCGUUGGAAUUGUCAGAUGAUAUGUUACAGUCCAUGUUUAUGGGAUUGUCCAAGGAGAUUUCCCCCUUCAAGAUGAAGGAAAAAUUACCAAAUGUUCAAGUCUCUAAGUGCUCUCACUUGCUAGACUUUUUGUACCAUUUGAUAGUGCCCGAAUCGGAACAAUAUCAUCAAUCAUCAGAAAUAACUGAAGUUCCUGAGAAUCAAGAAGAUGCCAAGAAAGGAGAAGAAGUUUCAUUUGGGAAAUCAAGUCAUGAUGUUAAACAACUCCUUGAAGUGAUUUCGAAUCUCCUUUCAAAAUUAAACAAAGGCCCGGUACGUCUUCUCAAGAGGGUAAUAUUCUCAAAGCCUGUCAAACUCAUACUAAAAUUGCCUUGGAAAAUCGUCUCUAACCUUCCAGGAAUUCGUAUUUUGAAACAACCAAUUGAAUUGCUCCUCUCCCAAGUAAAAGAAGGAAAACCUGAAAAUGAGAGUUCUGCUUCGAAUGAUAACAUUAACAAAGCUCCACUAGUUGUGGAAAUCACAAUCCCUUCAAUCACAGAGCUCUUCAAAGCCGGUGUUCAUUUGUUACCCACUAAUGGUAGCAUUUCAACCAUUAGAUUUGAUGGUAAAAAAGUUACACUUUACCUCCCUAUGGUUACUUUAGAUGUGAACACGCAGACAGUGUUUAGAAAUUUAGUAGCAUAUGAAGCUUGCAAUGCAUCGGGUCCAUUGGUUUUCACUCGUUACACUGAAUUAAUGAAUGGGAUUGUUGAUAAUGAAGAAGAUGCAAAGCUACUUAGAGAAAAAGGGAUUAUUUUGAACCAUUUGAAGAGUGAAAAAGAAGUUGCCAACCUGUGGAAUGGAAUGAGCAAGUCUGUUAGGUUGACCAAAGUGCCCCGCUUAGAUAAAGUGAUUGAAGAUGUUAACAAGUAUUACAAUGGUAGGUGGAAGGUUAGAGUUGAAAAAUUCAUGAAGAUUUAUGUGUUUGCGUCAUGGCGAAUUCUCACUCUUCUGGCUGCUGUUUUGGUCUUGUUGAUGAUGGCCUUACAAGCCUUUUGCUCUGUGUAUACCUGUUCUCGUAUAUUCCAUCUUAUAGCUACCGCUUCAACGGUUCCGUGAUCCUGUAUGUACAUCUCUAUCAUGAGUGAUGGUGUUCCUGAUUUCCUCCGUUCAUCAGACAUACUCGCAUAUUAUCUACUUCGGUCGUCUGAAUUUGCCGUCUUCUUCUCACUAAAGAAGAAAGAAUGUAAUGAUGUUGUGAUUGUAUUAAAUUGCCAUAUUGUUAAUUGUUGGCCGUUAGUUUCAACCAACUAAAUAAUUUCUAUGUGAAGAAAGGAGAAGAAUGAAUGGAUCAACAAAUAUUAUUAUUUUGUAUUCAA